AUGUCGAUGAACACACUCGCACGGCGGACGCUCCUCAGCGCCGUCCACCACCCGUCCCCACUCUCAUCAACCAACCUCUUCGUCUACACCCGCUCCUUUGCGACAUCCUCCCUCCUCCGCUCGCCUACCCAGACGCCAGUCGUACUCGCAGAACAGCCUCCAACACGAUCCUUCCAGCCCCAUCACCGCGAUGCCGGCAUCGUUCCUACCCCCGAACCUUCGACGCCUGCGCCCAAGGACGAAUGGAAGCACAGCCGUCCACACGAGGAUUGGGUCCUCUCGCAUCCCGUUUACCAGCGUGCCGACCUCGAGAAGGUCCAGGUCGUCCAUUUUGAGCCCAAGACGCUCGGCGACCGGCUCGCGUACAUGAUGGUGCGCUUCGCAAGGCGCGGAUUCGACCUGGUCAGCGGGUACAAGCACGCUGAUCCCGCCGCCGCCCGUGAAGCCGCCAAGAAGGCCGGCAAGGAGAACCUGUCUGUCGAGGAGCUGCAGAAGGAGGGUUUCUUGAUGUCGGAGAAGCAGUGGAUGAGCCGUAUUCUCUUCCUCGAGUCCAUCGCCGGCGUACCAGGCUUCACCGCCGGCAUCCUUCGCCAUCUUCGCUCCCUCCGCCUGAUGCGACGCGACGGCGGCUGGAUUAACUCGUUGCUCGAGGAGGCCGAGAACGAGCGCAUGCACCUUUUGACAUUCCUCAAAAUUCGCCAGCCAUCGAUGUUUUUCCGCGGCCUCGUGCUCGGCGCCCAGGGCGUCUUCUUCAACAUGUUCUUCUUCAGCUAUCUGAUCUCUCCCAAGGCUUGCCACCGCUUCGUCGGGUACCUCGAAGAGGAAGCCGUGAAGACCUACACGCAUAUCAUCGAGGCGAUCCAGCGCGGCGAGAUCCCCGAGUGGGCCGAGGGAGGCAAGAGGAAGGUGCCGCAGGUGGCGAAGGACUUUUGGCGCCUGAGCGAUGAUGCGACGAUGCUCGACCUCGUCCGCGCCGUCCGCGCCGACGAAGCAGGACACCGCUUCGUCAACCACACCCUCGCGAACCUGCGCAAAGACGACAUCAACCCAGUCUCGAUGGUCCACCAGUCACCGACGAUGCAGGGCCAACUUCCUGGCUUCACGCGCGACGAGAGUCUUGCGUGGGCUAGGAAGGUGCAGGAGGAGCUGACGGGGAAGAAGGUCGAGGAGGGGGAGAAGAAGGAGGACUAG